AUGGCAUGCAACGUUGACGACAUGGGUUGGUCAGAAAAUCCUCUAAUCUUUCUUCUAUUUUUCCCGUAUAUAGAUGCCCGGAACUUGUUGCGAAAAUGGCGCGACGAUAACGAACGCAAGAGUGACGAUGUAAUGCAGCUUUGGGAUAACGUGCUGUCCUCCAAACAGAACAAGCUCGGCAAUGAACGGCACCUGGUGCUGGAGCAGGUGAUCAUCGCGGCCCUCGAUUGCAACCGCAUCGAAACUGCGGAACACUGCGUCAGCAUCCUGUCGGCUGAGUUUCCCGGCAGCCUGCGCAUACAAAAGUACCGAUCGAUGCUGCUGGAAGCGCUGGAACGGUACGACGAUGCGCUAGACGAGUUGGAGCAGAUCAUACGGAAGGAUGAAACAAAUGCUGCACCGCGUAAACGCAAAGUUGCUAUCCUGAAAACGCAGGGCCGCACAGCGGAAGCUAUCAAAGAGCUUUGCGAUUACAUGAAAGUGUUCAUGUCGGACCAGGAAGGUUGGCACGAGCUGUGCAAUUUGUAUCUGGCGGAGGGCGAAUAUGCCAAGGCAGCUUUUUGUAUGGAGGAGUUACUGUUGCACAACCCUCACAGCCACCUGAUCCACCAGCGGUUGGCCGACAUACGGUACACGAUGGGUGGUAUCGAUAACAUCGAGAUGGCCAAAACGCACUACUGCAAAGCCGUGAAGCUAAAUGUUAACAAUUUGCGGGCACUGUAUGGUUUGUUUUUGUGCUGUGGACACAUUUGCAAUUCGAAAGCCGUGGUAACAAAAAGGAAGGAAGCACAGAAGCUAGCCCAAUGGGCAAUGGCACAAAUACAGUCGCGAACACAGUCGGCGACACUGGAUUCCAAAGGUGCUCACAAAACGGGUAAAAGUAGAGCAGCGGGAUGCGAUGACGAGCUGCAGGCACUCGAGCAAGCUUUCGGUGGACUAGAAGUGGGAAAAGUAACCAAUUGACCAUCUUUUAUCAUGGCCCACAAUAUCAGUUUUAUCCCAUUC